AUGUGCGACGAGCUUACGGCGUUUUUGCUGCUGUUGCCGGGUGCCGGGGCAGAGGUGCUCCCGUUUGCAGUGCUGCUGCCUGCAGAUGACUGCUUCGACUGGAGCGGUGAAGCCAUCCCGCUCCAAUGGCGCCUCAAGAUUGCCUCCAAGGACGACUCAGAGCUGAUUGCCCUACAGCUGCAGCAGGCAUGGCCGCUUGGUGCUACAGCCUGGACGCCUACAUCUGCCCAGUUGCAGUCUUUGCACGACUUUGCGAGGGAGACCUUCUCGCUGGUGGCCGAAACCCCUGCGAGCGCUUUUCCACUUUUGGCACCCCUGAUCGAGGGCCGAGCCAGCGCAGAGGAUGGACCUUCUUGGGCGGAGAAGGUUCUGGACUCAGCGACUCUGUGCGAAGUGGCUGCUCAUUCCAGAGGCCACCGGCCUGAGCAGUCAAGUCUUCUGGAGAUGUCGCUGCGUGCGACAGGCAAGAGCAGGAGCGACGAGGAGAGCAAUCUGUGGCUGGCCAGGCAUAUUGCCACCACCACCAUGGAGGGUCCCCUUGCCGAGCUUCUGCGUGGAUCUCCAGAUGGUGGAUACUUGGUAACAUCACGCUACGCCCGACGUUCCCAUCGCUUGCUUCGGGCCUGGCCGGGCCACUCCGCCGCCAAGGCGGCGCUGGCCACGGGCAGGAAGAAAGCCCAGACGGAACCUGCACCCGGCUCUUUGCUCCUCUUUCUGCAAGAGAGAUAUGGCUUGGAGGUGUCUGAUGCUGAGCAGUGCAUAGUGGAGGCAGCCGAUGGGCCGGCUCUGCGGCCUCUGGCCGCGGGAUGCGGUGGUGGCCAUGCCGUGACCUCCCUGUCAGAAUGGCUGAUGGAGGGAGGAGGAGGACACCUCUCACGAGCAGAUGGCUCCGACACCGUCAGCCCUUGUCCAAGCCUUCACUCGGUGGACGAUGCAGGCACAACGAUGGGGCCGAUUCGUCUGCUGCCGGAGUUUCUGGCGCCACACCCGCUACCUCCUCGCCUGCAGCUGGCCUUUCGGCUCCUGCCGGUCGUCUUGCAGAAGCUGCGCCGCCUCGAAGUUCUCUUCGGAUUGAGAAGGCAGAUCCUGCCAUCCUUGUCCUCCCAGGGCACUCGUUCGGAAUUCACGUUUGAGCUGAAGCCAGUGUUCCAGCGGCCGAGCUACGACACCACCGGCCGACGCCACGCGCUCUGCAGCGAGCGCCUCCACUUCCUCAACACGGAGUCGCGGCGGCUGAAGCAGGUGUUGGAGGAGGAGUCAGUUGCGAUGCACCUGAGCCCGGUAGAGGCUGACUGGGCUUUGGAGGUGGCCACCACCUUCACGAGCGCCUCCGAGCCCUACGAUUCCACGCGCUUGGCGUGGUUGGGCGACGCGGCGGUUUUCCUGAUUGCAACUGCUUGGACUUCGCUGGAGGCUGACCAUCCCCUUCAACAGCGCCAGCGUCGAGUGGCCGCGCUGAUCUCGAACAGGUGCCUUGCUCGCCUGGCGCUGUCGGGAUUGGAGCUGCCGCGCUAUUUGCAGACAGACCCAGUGGGCUCGCGUGGAGCCAAGCAGCCGCUGGGCAAAAAGGCGCCGGCCGAUGCCAUGGAAGCCCUACUCGGUGCGCUGGUGCUCGCAGGUGGGCUCUCGGCCGCUGCGCAGCUCCUGCGCAAGCUUUCUUGGUUCGACUCUGAGGACGGCAGUGGCUCCCUGGUGCCCGCUGGGGCUCCAGAGACGGCGGCUGGUUUUCUGGGCGCGGCGCUAGUCCGCUUCUCCUGCUCAGCCUGGCUCGUGAGCAACUAUCCGCAGCUGGCAGCCGACGGCCUCUCAGACCUUCGACAGAAACUUCUCUCUGCGACGCUGCCGGCAAUCGGUCUUCGCCAAAGCCUGCUGCCUCACCAGGGGACAGGACAUUUGGCCAAUGACACUCUUCAGCCUGAGAUGCUGGAGCAAUUGGUGGGCGAGGCGAUUCAUCUUCCCCUUGGCGAUAUCCAUGUUGCCUUGUCCGAGCUGUGGACACAGCUGGAGCCUGCUGUGGGGAUAAAAUGGUACUUUCAUGUCGUCUCACUUUUGUUUGCCGCUUUCUGUCCAGGCCAGCCGCUGGAGCCGCUGGGAGAAGGCAGACCCAAUGAAACGCCCGCAGCGGACCCAUCCUCAACGCACGAGGGACCACAGGGCGGAGCCGAUGCAGAGCCGCCGCCAGAAGACCCCGCAGACAAGCCAGAGGCUGUGACUGUCUCCGGCAGUCCGACGACCAUUUUGGCGGGCGUUCUUCCUGCAAAUCUCGCUGCCAUGGAGAAGGGCGUCAAGGAAGUGGAGGAGUCCUCGCUGUCUCUUUCGGGCCUCAUCCCGCCCAUGGGACAUCCUCCGAGCCUCCGGGAGGCCUCUGCCUUCGUGGGCGCGGCGAAGAGAGCAUCCCUGAAGCAGCCGCUGAAGUUCGACAACGUGCAGGACUUCAUCGUGGACUGCCUAAGGCAGACCAACCACGCCGACGGCUCCGACACACCCUCCUCGGUCGCGGAUAAGGAGAAGGACGACGAUGAGCUGCUCAAGGUGAGCUCCGCGGAAGAGGAGUUGGCCCGGCUGAAGGUGGAGACCAUGCGCUACAUGGUGACCUCUGUGAAGUACAGCUUGGGGGAGUCCCUCCACACCAGCCGAGUGAUCUACUUCACCAACGACCAGGCCCUCAAGGUGUCACCAGUGCAGAUGCCCAUGGUGAGGGAGGCGCUGGGAAUCCAUGAGCCCAAAUUGGUCAUCCGCCUGGUGCCCUGCCAGAAGGGCCGGACGUAUUGGGAGGGCCGGCCAGCCAUCAAGAAUAUCCUUCCUACCAAGGCCAAUCCUGAGCUCGAGGGCCAUGAGCAGCUGGUGGAGACGGACCUGAACCUCAUUGCCCGUGAGGUUCUGCUGCCUGUGGCCAUGAAGACCCAUGCCCUCAUCGUUGGCACGAGCUCCUGCAGCCUCACGAGGGCAUUCGCCGAAGUGAGUGCGCCUAUCCAGCGCCGCUAUGGGGAAGCCUGCCCGUUUCGUAUGGUGAUUUUUGAGCAUGCUUGGAACCUGCACGUGCGCUCCACCAUGAAGAGCGACAGCGUGGAGCACAUUCUGAAAGAGAAGAGUACCUCCUGGAGCAACGCCAACUUUGUGAAGGCCCUGUCCCACAAGUUCGGCUGCGAUCCAGCAUUUUGGCCCCAGCAGAAACUGGUCAAGGGGGCUGCAGCCUACAUGGUCUUCGAAUGCUUGAACGAGGAACGCCUGCACGACUCGCGCGCGGCUGUGCAGUUCGAGAACAUGUUCAUCACGUCCCUGCACACCUACCUGCCGGUCUUGGCGCUUUGGACUAACGGAGACCUGAACACCUUGAGCCCGCAGGUGGCCAACCACGUGACGUGUGGCAUCCCCCUGAUCAUCAUGGACAGCCGGCACCAUGACUUGGUCGAUGCCGACGACGUGGAACCCGCGGAUGAUGGCUUGGAAAGCAGAUUCGGCUUCUCGGACCCGUCGAUGCAAGAGACUGUGCGCAAGCUGUCGACGCUGGGCAAGGCUCUGAACAAGAGAGGCCUCUACGACAUGCACAUCGCGUCGGCGCUGAGCUGCGUGCGGACGGGGGUCAACAACAGCACUGGCGGCUCGGGCCCGAAGACUCGCUUGGACCGGAAUCAUUGGCUUUACGACGCCAUCGUGGACGCCAUGGUUGAGGCGGCCCAUGGCGAUCCUCCCCCUGGAUUGGAUGGAGACGACAACAUGACUGACCUCGAUGGCGGUGAGGAGCUGAUUAGCAAGGCUACCGAGUUCUUCCUCUCCUACGUAGGCGACCAGACGUACAAGGAGGCGCAGGUGAACACCAGCCGGAUGGAGGAGGCCAUUCGGAACCUGGAGGCGUGCACGACGUGGCAAGAGCUCGAGGAAACCUGGAAGCCCGAGAGCAAAAAGCUGCACAACGCCAUCGCCCACAACGGCUGGGAUAAGGUCACCAUGGAGGGAAGCGCUUCUGCCGAAGGGGUGCCGGUGAUCCUCGCCAGGCCCCGGAAUGAGUUCUUGCCGACGGGAUUCUUCAAGUUCGAGCUCAACCGAGAGUUGGAGCAGAUGGGGGUCUCCGUCACCGAGGCCCAGCGCUCGCUCCUCGCCCAUCUGCGCAAGUGGCUCCGGGCCGACCGAGACUACGAUGCCAAGACGUCAGGACCGAAGCGACUGCUGAAUGACAAAAAGAAGUGGCUGGCCGUGUACGACAUUCUGAAGACCGGCCACGUGCACAGCUGCAGCCUGAGCGACUAUCGUUCCCUUAAGCAUCUGAUCCAGAAGCUCUCCCGGUCGGAGAGGCUGCCCGACAGCAGCAGCCUUGAAGCCCUCCUGCUCCUACGCUGCGCGUGGACCCUGGCGGACAUCUUCAACGAAAAGGCCGCCCAGUACAAGUUCUGGGCGAAGAUGGCCUAUGCCACCUUGCUCCUGAUGGGUGUUGUUGUUGUCGUCUUCACCACAGCUCAAUGGACAGUGGAUGUGCCAGACCAGACGAAGAAGUAUGUUGUUCUUGGCCUGGGCUUGGGAUCCAGCAGCCUAGCGGCUUGGAUCACCUUCACCGAUCCGGGAAGGAAGUGGCUGAAACUUCGAUCGGGGUCACAGAUGCUUCAGGCGGAGAUCUGGCGCUUCAGGACGAGGGUGGGUGCCUAUGCGACUACGGACAUGACUCACUUCAAUGUUGGGCGGGCUGAGGCAGAGCGCCGUGCUGAGCAGCAUUUCCAGAAGAUGAUUGUCCUUGUGGCGGACACCGUGUUGAGUGCCAAAGUCCUCGUCUCCAGCAAUACGACCACAGACGAUGUGUGCAUUCGCUUCGAGGGCACCAGGCAGCAUCUGGAGGAGAUGAUACACGCGAGGUUGAGCCAGUAUAGGCUGACAUCCGCCCACUUCAAGCACAAGCAGUACCAGCGAGCGACGCCCGAAGAUCCACCAAACGCCGAGGACAGCCACCAUGCACCGGCCAGCCCAGAUGACUACAUCGCUUGGAGGCUGUCUCCACUCUUGAGGUUUUACCAGAAGCGUAUUCCAACCUACCAGCGCCGGCGGCUGCUCAUGCAAGCCUUGUUCAUGAUUUCCACCACCCUCACAGCAGUCUUGUCGGCGGCCGACCAGACUUCCUGGACGGCCAUUGUCGUGAGCAUCUCCAGCGCACUGGGAUCGUGGCAGGAGUUCUCGGGCGUAGACAAGAAGCUGGAGCGAUAUGGCAGCGUUGUGGGCAUACUUCGGAACAUGAUGCUCUGGUGGCAAACGCUGCCCGACGUGGACAAAGCGAACAUCCGUCACAUCGAGAACCUGGUGGAGAGGACGGAGAACGCAGCCUACUCAGAGCUGUCUGCAUGGCUGAGCGAAGCUCAGCAAGCCAGGGAGUUGGCGGAGAAGGCUGCUUCGCGCGAGCAGGGCAAGCUCAGCGAGAUGCAGCAGAAGCAGGGGGCCGGACGCGAGCAUUGA